AUGUAUUCUUUCUUUCUUUCUUUCUUUCUUUCUUUCUUUCUCAUUCUGCUCAUUAUCUAUCUAUCUAUCUAUCUAUCUAUCUAUCUAUCUAUCUAUCUAUCUAUCUAUCUAUCUUUAAGGUCCCAUGGCACUAUCUCAUUCUGCUCAUCUCAUUCUGCACAUUUUCUUUCUUUCUUUCUUUCUUUCUUUCUUUCUUUCUUUCUUUCUUUCUCAUUGUACUCAUUAUCUAUCUAUCUAUCUAUCUAUCUAUCUAUCUAUCUAUCUAUCUAUCUAAGUCACUCUUCUGAUCUAUCUAUCUAUCUAUCUAUCUAUCUAUCUAUCUAUCUAUCUAUCUACACAUCCUAUUCACUUCAUAUCACUCCUCCUAUCUUUUACAUUCCGCGGUUGGUGCCCGGCAGUGAUGAAGGUGAAUAUGACCGAGCCGAACAUAGAGGAGACGUGAGCAACGAACAUGCAGCCCGCUACCGCCAACCAGAUCUAUUUUCCACCUUACGAAACAGCGUCAGGGUGUCCAUCCUGGCCCAAUUUUUGAUGCUGUGCAUCCAGCUUUUGGACUCUCUCCCCUAA